AUGCUAUUGACUUUGAGGUGUCGCCUACUCAAUCCCCAACUCUCGUCACUGUUCCGGUCCCUUCCUCAUUCUCACAAAUCCCAUCCAUCUUCGCUCGCAUUUGGGCCCUCCAUUUUUCAACAACCGAAUUGCCCCUAUGCAUCAGCUGCGAAAGGCCAAAGACCGGCGGGGAUAUCCGAGGCGGCCAAGUUUGUGCGGACUGUCCUUUUUGUGCCUCCAGGAGUCAACCCAGAUGACGUUACUGAUGAUAUGGUCCUACCUGGUUCGAAUAUUGUUCUCGGACCCUAUGCUGGCGACGCUAAAAUUAAAGAUGUUGACUUUGUGAAGAGUAGUAACCGGCCAAAGGAUUGUCCCAAAGAUGACCGACCCGAGUUUGCCAUGUUGGGUCGGUCCAAUGUUGGCAAGUCUUCGCUUAUUAACUUUUUGGUCCGUAAAAAGGAGGUUGCUCUCACUUCUAAAAAACCAGGGAAGACUCAGUUGAUCAAUCAUUUCUUGGUGAACAAAAGUUGGUACAUUGUGGAUUUGCCUGGUUAUGGUUUUGCUAAUGCCCCAGAAUCUGCUAGAAUGGAUUGGUCCUCAUUCACAAAAGGCUACUUCUUGAAUCGAGAAACUCUUGUCUCCGUCCUGCUUUUAAUAGAUGCAAGUGUUCCACCUCAGAAGAUUGACCUUGAUUGUGCUAAUUGGCUUGGUCGGAACAAUAUAUCCAUGACUUUUGUUUUUACAAAGUGUGACAAAAUGAAAGUAGGCAAAGGAAGGCGGCCUGAUGAGAACAUCAGAAAUUUUCUAGAGUUGAUGAAAGAGAGCUAUCGGCACCAUCCUCCAUGGAUCAUGACUAGCAGCAUUACAGGGUUGGGCAGAGAUGAACUUCUUUUGCACAUGUCACAGCUUAGAAAUUAUUGGGAUAAUGAAGAGACUACUUAG